AUGGAGAUUAUAUUGGCCACAUUCGUAUUGCUCGCUGCGGCGGUAUUGUUUUUCUACGUAUAUUCCAGAUAUAAGCUGAACUACUGGAAGAGACGCGGCGUCGAAUCGCUCCCGACGGAUUUCAUUUUCGGCAACUUCAAGGAUGCCGUGCUCUUCCGUACCGCACCGGGAUAUCAUCUCGGUGACCUGCACAAAGCGGCCAGGUCAGAGGCGCCUUUCGUCGGCUUCUAUAUCUUCCACAAGCCCUGUCUGCUGUUGCGCGACCCCGAGAUCAUCAAGCACUUCAUGAUCCGCGACUUCGACAAUUUCUCUGACCGCCACUUCGCCGGCUCCAAUCAGAAGGAUAGCAUCGGCAUGAAGAAUCUCUUUGGCCUGAAGAACCCGAUGUGGAAAUACCUGCGCUCCAAGAUCACGCCUACCUUGACGAAGGGCAAGCUGAGGCAAAUGUUCCCGUUGAUGAUGGAGACAGGAGGACCCAUGAUGGAGUUCCUGAAGAAUCAGCCGACCGACAUUAACAAUACGAAGCUCGUAGACGCCCAAGAUCUCAGCUACAAGUACACGACCGAUUUGAUCGCCUCGGUUGCUCUCGGCACCAAGAUGGAUUCCUUCCAUUAUCCGAACGGCGAAUUCACCACCGCAGUUGCCGAGUUCUUCCACGGGUUUAAGAGGAUGGUCGCGUUGGUGAUGGUGUUCUUCACGCCCGAACUGGUUGAGCUGUUGGGCACAAAUAUACUCUUCAACUCCUCCUUCGUGAAGAAGGUCUUCUGGGAUGCGAUGGAGAACCGUGAGAAGAGUGGCAAGAAGAGAGGGGAUUUUAUCGACUCGUUGCUUCAGCUGAAAUACGGCGACCAGAAUCCCGAUUACAAAUUCGAAGGUGACAAUCUGUUGUACCAAUCCGGGACCUUCUUCUCCGGCUUCGAGUCGAGCUCCUCCUGCAUGUCUUUCACGUUGAUGGAACUGUCGAAACAUCUGGAGUAUCAGCAACUGGCCAGGGAGGACAUUAACAGGGCUAUCGACAAAUACGGCUGGACGUACGAGGCAUUCAACGACAUGAGAUACUUGGAUCAAGCGAUCGCCGAGGGCCUGAGGUUAUAUCCGCCCGUGUCGACGAUCGACCGAUACACCCGUCAAGAUUAUGAGAUUCCCGGCACCGACAUCACCAUCGAAAAGGGCACACCGAUAUACAUCUCUCUGUACGGCAUGCAUGAAGACCCCAGGUUCUUCGACGAGCCGCAGGUAUACAACCCCGACAGAUUCUUUGAGGAUAAUCCAAUCAGCGACGCCUACAUGCCCUUCGGACUUGGACCCAGAAUGUGUAUAGGAUCGAAAGUGGGUACGUUGCAUGCUAAGGUUGUUCUGGCGAUGCUUUUGCGCGAGUACGAAGUCUGGCAGAGCCAAGAGAACAAAAGCACUUUGGACACACGAUCAACCUUCACCGCAGCGGCCGAUGGCAUCAAGCUUCACUUCAAGAGAAUCGUUCGAUAAGCGGACGCAUAUCGGACAUAAUCGCAACUGACUUUGAAAUCGAAUUCGUUGUCAGACAAUCAGCGAAAAUAGCAACGGCGAAUCCGUUUCGCCGAGGAAUAAUUGUACACCAUGUGUGUCCACCGAGUGUGUGUACACACGUGGAAAACACACUGCAACGAUCCGAAUUUUUCACUUCGCUUAUGGCAGUGUACUUUCCAGGUAUACUUCGCUUCCCCGUAUCCGGGUGUCUUCUUGACAUUAACAGUGAUAAAACUGGGAAAACAUUCGGAUAUAGAAGUGGAUUUCUUCGUACAAUAUACGCACGUGCAACACACACACACACACACACACAAAUACACAUACGUUUAUAUUAAUAUAUACGUUUUAUAUUGAUUCUAGAAACGAAGGACAUCUUCUUUUAGCUUCG